AUGCAACUCGGUCAAGCCCUUAACUUGAAGGGCUUCUCAAUUACAGUUGCUGUGGGAGAAUCAAAUCAAGUAAGCUCUUCUCAAGACUUCCCUGAUUUUCACUUUGUCCCCAUUCAAGAAAGCCUACCGGUGUCUCAAAUCCAGAUACUUGGACCAGUGGAGUUUCUGAAGAAGCUCAACAAAACUAGUGAGGCAAGCUUCAAGGACUGUAUAGCUCAGUUGUUGCUACAACAAGGCAAUGAUAUUGCAUGUAUCAUCUACGACGAGCUCAUGUACUUCUCUGAAGCUGCAGCUAAGGAGUUCAAGCUUCCCAUUGUCAUAUUCAGCACUGCCAGUGCUACAAAUCAAGUUUGUGUGCGUGUUUUAAGCAAACUCGAUGACAAGAAGUUCUUGAUCGACAUUGAAGAUCCUGAAGAACAAGACAAGGUUCCUUUACCACUUACCUAA